AAAAAAAAAAAAAAAAAAAAAAAGGAUAAAAAAGUAAAUGUUGUCAAUAACGUGAAACGAUGGGGUCUUUUUUUUUUUCGGGUCAAUCGCGCACAACACACACCUAUUCACAAUCUAUAACAAAUAGAUGUAGUAUUUUGUUCUCUUUCUCUCUGUGUUUUUUUAUUUUAUUUUUUCGUACGGAACAAGCUGUAAGCUCCCCAUGGAGAGAGGAUAGAAGGAGUCCAUUUUUCAUUCUCCCAAAAACCGUGUCCCUGGAUCAACCGAAAAAGGAAAAAUCAAAGGAAAAAAAAAUAAAAAAAAAUAGUCUUUUCAUUGUACAAUUUUUAAUAGUGAAUACACAAUUUAUUUUAAACAAACUGUACCAUUUGCUUGAGACCAGGCUGUCUUGGUUUUGAAGCAUGUAUCACGGAAGUGUCUUUCUCAUGAAAAGGACCCACUGCAUGUUUUUGUCUUGAAAACUUGACCCAUUUGUCUAAAAUGAAAAUUUGAAUAGGUUCAAAAAUGAAUUCCCGGAACUUGAAAUGAAAAAGUGUGCUGCAGCCCUGUCUUUCAAAAAAGAAAUUUUUCUUCAUUUACACAUUCCAUGGAAUCUUUUUUACCCAAGGGAUAGAUAACAAGACUGUCCAUGGAAAUCAAUGGGUAAACACAAAAGAUUCAUUUUCGAUUCCUUCACAAGCCAGUGGUUAAAAAAAGAAAACUGAAUACCUGUUUGCCCGAGUUUUGUUUUCUCUCUUUUGUUUUACAAGUUUAACAUUGAAAAGGGAGUCACGCUUUUCAAGGUGAGUUUUUUAGACAGAAAGUACAAAACAAAAAAAA